AUGGUAAGCCAGAGACAGAGGAUAGCCAUAUUGACAGAGGCUGUCAACAUAAUGGGAGAGUAUGUACACAUGGCCAAGGCUUUACAAGACAACAGAAUUGCUAUAGAAUUGUGCGGGUCGAGGCUGUCGGCGCCCGUGGGCGUGUGGCGGAGCGCCCGCUACCCUGAGCCCCACGGCGCCCCUGGCCUCUGCAAUGUCACCGUCGCCCCCUUCAGGGAUGCAGAGUUCAUCAGGCUGGACUUCGUGGACGUGACGCUUGGCGCCCCUCGGGAUGAGGUCUGCGGUGAGGGCGGCCUCACCAUCUACGACCAGACGGGCGGCAGCGGGGGAGCCAUCUGCGGCGCCCUCACCAACUAUAGCACGGUGGUGCGGGUGCUCCCUUCACCGCUUGGGUGGCCGGUGGGGGAGGUGAGGCUCGUGAUGAACAUCCUCAAUGCGCAUUCAAAAUACGACAUCAAAAUCACGCAAAUCCUGCGCUCGCAGCUUAGCUUGUCUCAGGGCGGGCUUCCAGACAUCGGUAGUUUUCAACAGUCCCCGAACCUUGAGCUUGAUUUGUCCAACGACCACUCCGGUCCUGCUGCCCUCGUCCAGAACGCCACUCACGCUGUUGAAGCAGCAGGCUCUUAUAACACCCAAGUUUGGAAUCUUUCUAAUGCUCCUGACGAAAUAAGAAUAUUCAGAGCAAGUCCCGUGAUGACCAUGGAUGAGCAGGGCAAUAAACUAUUUUCAAGCAGCUUCCUCAACCUGGGAAUUCCUGUUCAGUCAGCUUCUAGAAUUGGAGGACAGGAGGACGAUUUGCCGCAGAGUCUACCAGAAGAACAGGAGUACCUCAUGAAAAAGCCCUUUGGGGAAGAAUUCAAUGAGAAUGAAUCGAUUAAAUUGAAAAAUGAGUCAAGUACAAACUCUGGUCACGAACCACAUGAUGAAGAGGUUUUACCGAUGAAUAAUUUUCAUGAUAAACGUAAAAGCCCAUCAAUCGGUGAAGCCAAAGCGAAGCAAAUCGUUCGAGACUCUUCCGGCAACCAACUCUUCGCAUCAAACUAUUUUAGCCUCUCCCCUGCUGACACGUCCGCGAUCAGAUCAACUGCGACUGAUCAACAUGGCGCUGAAAAUUUUGAGACCCAGGCGACUUUCCCGUCAAGAGAAUCCAUUGAAUAUUUCCCAGACGAUAACAGAACCUCCGCGUUAGUGGAAGCCCUCGAAGACUUCUCGAAAGACCAAGGGACUUCAAUGCUAUUGAAUGGCUCAGAAGACUCCAAAGAAAAUCAGGUAGCCAUUAAUUCAACAGACGCCUCUGAUGACUUUACAAAAGACCAAACAAUAUUCGUUCUUGUGAAAUUACCUACGCACAUUACUGAAUAUCAGAACACCACUUCGUAUACGGUAGCCUUUGAUAACAGGCUGCCACAUUCAACUAUUGAUCCUCCUAAUGACGAAAUUUCCUAUCUAAAGGUCCCGCUUUCGUCGGCAAGUGAAAUGAUGCCUAUUGAAACUGACACCAAGAAUUACACAGAUGAAGAUCAUAUGAAUCACGAUAUUUUUUCUCCUACAAACAUUAAGUCGGAGUUUCAACUUGUCUACCACGAUAAUACCGAAGCAGACGACGCUGUGGCACUCUCAGGAGAAACAAAACCAUCGAUGAGCUUGGAAAGGAAACAUAGCUUACAGUAUUUCACCUUAGAUCGCGUAGCACUUGCCCACCCACCUUAUAACCCCGAUGGAACGGAACUUUCCCACCCACUUAACAACCAUAAUGGAACUGAACUUGUCGAAUCACCUUACAACCCUCAUCGAGUGGAACCAGUUCACCAACCUUAUAACCCUGAUGGAGCGGAAACUGUUGACCAACCUUACAACCCUUAUCGAGUAGAACUUAUCGACCCACCUUAUCAUCCUGAUGGAACUGAAAUUGUUUACACACAGAAUUUAAGACAGGCUGCUGCUGUCGGCAGCCAACAAGGAAUCUCUUCUCAAACACAAGCAGCUCUCAAUGCCCUGGCGCGGAUGAAAAUCGUUCAGAUGCUCAGAACUUUGCACGAGGAAAAGGCUAAAAAUAUUAACACUGAUGGCAAUGAAGCAAUAGACGAUACACAAGUCAUGGGAGAUAAGGAAGACGUUGAUAUUGAUAACCAAGCAAGUAAUGUUUCUGAUGAAGGUGCAGACGAAUCCAACCCCGCACUGUACGUGACAAAAAUAGGAAAUAAGUUGUACUUUUUGAGACGUAAAUCCGAGAGCCACCAGGAACCCAAAUCCCCCACCAAUGUGAAGUCAGCCACUGGUUCGAAAGAUUUAAGUCUGGAUGAAAAGAGGCGUAAAAUCUACGCCCAGCUGGCCGAGAGGAUUAUUCAUGAAGAAAAACAGGUGAUUCCUCCUAAUCGCAACAUGGAGUCCAGUACCUUACUUCGCCUGAACACAGGAUCGGCGUUGAGUGACCUCGCUGCGAGAAACCAAAUGCAGGAAAACAAAAAAAUAGAAUUACUCGACAAACUCAAGAUGUUGUUCGAGCGCAGCCAUGACUCCUCCAUCAUGCAACAUCAUAACAUAGGGACUCAAAAACCGAGGGCUUCUUCAGGUCGAUCGCUCGGUGAGCGGAAGAACGACAAAUUUAUGGAAUAUUUUUUACAGCAUUUAAGAGAAGCGUUUUUAGAAAGUUUAUUGACCAGCAGCUUGGUACCUGAAACUUCAGCCAGCGGUGCAAGUUUAUGGAGUAUGUCUGAGAACAUCAUGACGAAACAGGCGCUACCUACUCGCAACAGAAGCUUGCACGUCAGACGGCCUGGGGCAUCAGCGCUGCUCGGGCUAACGAGGCUCAACGAACUGAUGCUGCAUAACUCUGAUGCUAUGCAUCAGCCAUCAAUGCCGCACCCCAGUGAUGGCUUGAAUGAUUCCUUCCAGUCCACUGCAGAUGCUUCGACUGUGGAACCAUUGAACUCGGUUAAUAAUGUCUCUACUGAUGAGGUCACAGCUGAUGAGGUCCCUCCUGAUGAGGUCUCCCCUGAUGAGGUCUCUGCUGAUGAGAUCUUUGCUAAUGAGGUCUCCGCUGUUGAAAUCCCAGCUGUUGACGAUGAGUUGGGUAUGGAUGUCAGAAAGGAACCUGAUUCUUCUAACAUUCAAGUCCCGCAGAACACUCCUGAUGUCAGUCAUUCAAUAAACCAGUUGGUGGAUGCAAUUAUUCUGCAAUGGGUGGAGUCAGAGUUGGACUCCAUUAAUCUGGAUGCUCAGCAAACCCAUACAAAUUCCAACUCAUCUACAGCAAGUGAAGUGAAUCGGGAUUUGAGAAAUAUGACCCAAUCUCUGACUGAUCUUUCUGCAGCUCAUUUGUUGAAGUCUUUAAUUUUAUCACAAAAUGAGAUCAACCCUGAAGAUAAUUCAGAUUUAAAAAUGAAUACUUUUCUAUAUCGUACAACUACAACGCCUGGUACCUCUCCGGAAGAAGAGGCGAUGUCCCCAAGCGGACCAAACCCUCUGGGGGCGUUGCCCGAACAGGCUACCGCACCACCAAAAAAUCUCGAGGUUCUGAAGGUAUUACAAGAAAACCUUCAAAACGCCAUAAAUGAACACAUUCUGCGCACGAUGCUCCAGGAACAGCUUCAGAACAUUCUUGUGGAACGUCAAACUCAGCCAAAUGACUCUACAAACAUAAAGCAACCCGCGCUCAUGACCGAUGAAAGAAAUGAUAGUUUGAUCGGAGCUCUUCAAGAUGAUAGUCCAUCUUUCAUAAUCGCCGAUAACGAUACGGAUUACUCAUUCCUUUACGAUGCGCUUUCUGUGCAAGAGGAGUCAACAAAAGGAUAUCAAACUGUUGACUUCGAUUUCCCAAGGCCAGAGAUUGCCAACAAGACCUCGUCUCUGAAGGGAACUGCACUAACAGACGAUUACGAUUUCCCGGACUACCACCCUAGUCAGGUCCUGCCAGACGUGUACCAGUACUCUGACUUCCCGCAAAGUUCUUUAGCAGAUCCUCGUCCUCCCAGCCUCGAAAAUGAUCAAAAUUCGAAUAAAAAUCGAAUACCAAGCAACGCUCUUGCUGUGCUGUUGCAAUUUGCUGGCCUGAAGCAAAGCCUUGCGUUGAACACGACAGAAAGCGCGUCAGAAACGUCAUCAAUAAGUUUGGACAAGACGAGGUUGUCUGACGUAGCUCCUGCCAAUUCAAAGGUGGUUCUCCAGCUCAUCGUCACAGGACAAAGCCAGGUUAUUCCAUCAGGACUCGACGACUCCGAGCUUGUAGACCCACCAAGAUCGUCUUUCCUGCUGGUAAAUUUCCCGCACCAUCGGGUGGUGAACAUCACAACUGCCGAGCAGAUUGAUAGAAACAUCACCAUCAUAUCUGGCAAGUUUAAUGACUCUCUUAUGUCACCUUCUUCAAAUGGUGAUGAUCUCAGUCCCCCUUUCACCAUCAGCGUCGCUCCCCAAUUCGAAUCUUCGGCCCACAUUUAUAAGGUUGGCAUCAUUGAUAAUUCCGCCUUGUUGGUCCACCGAAGUGACAACGGCACCGGAGACCCUCCUGUAGGAGGUACUGGCGAGUCCACAUUCUCUGCACUGAACGGUAGUGCCAACGACAACCUCGCGCAGAACGACGUCGAACAAGAAGGGGGUGUUCCGGUCACGGAUUCUCCUCAUAGGGCUCCUAGUGCCAGGUUUCCAACGCUCAACAUGGGCGUCAUCAAUUAUUCGAUGGACAAUUCCCUUAACGACUUGUCACCUGCAGCCACAACGUCGAUCAGGCCCGAUUUUGACUUGAACUCUUUAUCCGGUAAUGGAAGUUCUGAUCACAGUAAUGAUGAAAGUAGUAGAAUUAAUGGGGAAUAUCAUGGUAGUAAUGAUGAAAAUCAUGGUAUUGAUGGCGCUGCAACAGCAGAAAUGUCCGAGCGGGAAGUCACACCGAUAAACUUGACUCAUACGAUGAACGAAGACGAGAGCACAGUGGGUGACGUGGAUGCUGGGGGCACUGUGGGUGACAAAGAUGUUGAUGGGGGCACUGUGGGUGGUAUAGAUAGUGUCGUGAUGGACGUCGUGUCGAUGGGGAAUGCAUCCUCUGAAAUUCGUGUUACUGGUGAUUUUAGCUACUUAGAUACCGGAAUAAGUUCGGUUUCAAAUACUGGAGAGACCCCCGUUAUGGGGAUGCGAGGAGGAGAGCCCUUGCCUGGAGGAGUUCCCGCCAUCAACACGGUGGGAGGAGAGCCGUUGCCUGGAGGAGCUCCCACCAUUCAGGCGGUGGGAGGAGAGCCGUUGCCUGGAGGAGCUCCCACCAUUCAGGCGGUGGGAGGAGAGCCGUUGCCUGGAGGAGCUCCCACCAUUCAGACGGUGGGAGGAGAGCCGUUGCCUGGAGGAGUUCCCGCCAUCCACACGGUGGGAGGAGAGCCGUUGCCUGGAGGAGCUCCCGCCAUUCAGGCGGUGGGAGGAGAGCCGUUGCCUGGAGGAGCUCUCACCAUUCAGGCGGCGGGAGGAGAGCCGUUGCCUGGAGGAGCUCUCACCAUUCAGGCGGCGGGAGGAGAGCCGUUGCCUGGAGGAGCUCCCACCAUUCAGACGGUGGGAGGGGUGACCCGCAUCGCAGGUUCUUCCGUAUCCGCGACCGCGGAUGGCGCACCAAAGUUCGUCCUGUCGAAGUUCAUUCCAGGCAUUUCGUUAUCUGGAGGUUUGAGUCUGGGGCUUUUUGACGGACUAUUCGCAGCGAACUUAAAUUUCCAUACCAUCAACGAAGUAACUACAGGAAAUCCAAGUUCAAUUCGAAAUGACGACUUGUCUGAGCAAACGCUGAACUUGGAAAACGAAAUUCAAGAAGAAUCCGGAACAUUUUCUAUUAGUUCUUCUGAUCCGUCUUUGAGAAAUUUUAGCGCAGUAGAAACCAUGACCAACGAUACAAUUUCGGGAAGUUUUUUGGAUGGAACAAACUCGAUUUUGUUCGAUGCUGGCCAAAAUGUUUCGACUGUUGGAUCGGACAUUCAGUCCUUCGAUCUCUUCAACAUCGUCCAGCAGCUCACGAGUAUCGCUAACGUCACAUUCUCUCCCGAGACCUUUCUGCCUACCGCUGGUUCUCAAGCUUUGAUAAACCUGAACUCCGGUUCUCAAAUUUCGGCGAACCGAAGCUCGGUUUCUGAAACUUCAGCGAAACUAAAUUCGGGUUCCGGAGCUCCAGCGAACCAGAACUCGGUUUCUGAAGUCCCAGCGAACCAGAACUCAGAUUCUGCAGCUCCAGCGAACCAGAACUCCUCGGUUUCUGAAACUUCAGCGAAACUAAAUUCGGGUUCCGGAGCUCCAGCGAACCAGAACUCGGUUUCUGAAGCCACAGAGAAUCAGAACUCGAUUUUUGAAGCCCUAGCGAAUCAGAAUUCGGAUUCUAAAGCUCCAUCGAACCAGAACUCGGUUUUUGACGCUCCAGCGAACCAGAACUCGGUUUCUGAAGCUCCAGCGAACCAGAACUCAUAUUCUGCAGCUCCUGCGAACCAGAACUCGGUUUCUGAAGCCACAGAGAAUCAGAACUCGGUUUUUGAAGCUCCAACCAACCAGAACUCGGUUUCUGAAGCCCCAGAGAACCGGAACUCGGUUUCUAAAGCCCCAGAGAACCAGAACUCGGUUUCUGAAGCCCCAGAGAACCAGAACUCGGGUUUUGAAGCUUCAGCAAACCAUCACUCGGGUUCUCAAGCUUCGGCAAACCAGACCUCAGGUUCAUCGGGAGCCCCUUCGUCAAACGUGCCCACGCUGCCCCGCAACAUUCCCCCGCCACGGGUGACCGCCACAGUCCCCCCGCCGCCCCCACACGGUGCCUCGUAUUCC